AUGCAGGAUAUUGCGGAACGCAUUUUAAAACACAUCGAAGAACAUGGUGAAGUGGAUACUCUAGAUCUUGCUGCAGUGUUCGAUGAAGAUCAUCAGAAAGUGAUUGGGGGGGUCAAGAGUAUUGAGGCCACUGGUGAGCUUAUUCGAUGCGUUCCGAGCACGCGUAAAUCCUGGAAGCUUACCGCUGAGGGACGGGACUUUUUGGAGCAUGGCAGUCACGAAGCGAACAUAUUUCAAUCGGUGCCUAAGGAUGGCAUUGCACAAGCCGAGCUAAUGAAGUGUGGGGGUAAGAACCCAAAAGCCGGCUUUAGCAAAGCCAUGUCGAAUGGCUGGAUAUAUAUCGAUAAAUCCGCUGGUACUCCGCUAGUUCGACGCAAAGUGGACACAAUCAGUGAUGAUGUGUUAGCGCAUGUAAAAGCCAUUGCGGAUGGUAAAGAAUCGGCUGUUGCUGACGCGAUGAAAAAUGAGUACAAAAAACGGAAAAUUCUCGAAGAAUGUGUCACUAAGAGUUUCGUUCUCUCAAAAGGACCAGAUUUUGCCACUACUUUGAAAAAAUUGGAAACCGAUCUGACGGUGGAGAUGUUGGCCAUUGGGCUGUGGAAGGAUUUGAAAUUUAAGGCAUAUAACUUCGAUGCACUCGGUGCACCCCCUGGUCGAGGCCAGCUGCAUCCGUUGAUGAAGGUUCGCUCUGAAUUUCGCCAAAUUUUCCUCGAGAUGGGAUUUUCGGAAAUGCCGACGAACAAUUUCGUAGAAUCAAGCUUCUGGAACUUUGACGCAUUAUACGUUCCACAGCAACACCCGGCGCGUGAUCAACAGGAUACAUUUUUUGUUUCGCAUCCCCAAGUAAGCGAUAAGUUUCCCAUAAGCCUGUUAAAUGAUGUUAAAGCAUCACAUGAAGCUGGGGUCGACGGUUCGAUUGGUUACCGUUACAAUUGGAGGCUGGAUGAAUGUCGAAAAAACGUUUUGCGAACUCACACUACUGGUGUUAGCGCCAGGAUGCUGUAUAAAGUGGCCAACCAGGCGGGGGGAUUUACGCCGGUCAAAUACUUCAGCAUCGAUAAAGUAUUUCGCAACGAAACGCUAGACGCCACCCAUCUGGCCGAAUUUCAUCAAGUGGAAGGCGUUGUGGCAGAUUACGGACUAACUCUUGGGGACUUGAUAGGCACCUUCAAUGCGUUCUUCAAUAAGCUCGGCAUCACGGAGCUGGAAUACAAACCAACAUUUAACCCGUACACGGAGCCAUCGAUGGAAAUAUUCUGCUUCCAUCCCGGUUUGCAGCGUUGGAUUGAGGUCGGUAAUUCCGGCGUAUUUCGCCCGGAAAUGCUCAUUCCUCUUGGAGUACCGAAAGGCGUGAAUGUUAUUGCUUGGGGAUUAUCACUCGAACGACCAACAAUGAUUAAGUAUGGAAUCAACAAUAUUCGAGAUCUGAUCGGACCAAAGGUAGACCUAAAGAUGGUCCAGGAUGGUCCAAUUUGUCGUAUGAACUGUUAAAAACAAUGAACGAUAAGCUGGACGAAUAUUACAAGAAUAUACUU